ACCCAAGGGGCCCAACAGCUCAUUGGUACACCAGAGCGUUUUCUGUCCCUCUUAGAGAAAAUGACUUGGUAUAUCCCCAAACAUUUCACUCAUUUUGUGAACUUGUAAUCAAUAAUACAUCGGUAAUAGUUAUAGGGAGUGUUUAAAUACCAGGUUUACCACUGUUAUGGCAUAAUUAGGAUAUCAUUAGUUAAGUUUUUGACACACAAUGUCCAGUGUGAGUUAAACUUUUACGACGUCAGUUCAGUUGGUUUAUGGUCUCCAGGCAGGAGGAGCUAAUCGCCGUGAAACUGCUAACCAAACAGUCCAUCAAAUAUGGACAACCGAGCGGACUUGAAGACUGUCUGCACCAGGCUAUAAUGAUGAUCACCCCCAGUCCAAGCCUGACAGUGAGGAUGAAGACGACACUUCCAUGACCUCCUUUGGUGUUGCAGUCCGAGGCCUCCCCCUGGCCUUGGCGUCCAUGACACAAGCUACCACCUCAGAUUCACGCUUCCACCCUAAAUGGCGGGCGAUCACUGUGGCGACCCUGCUGGCUUUAGUGCUCAUGUUAUACCUGCACCGGACAGUAGGAGACAGAGACACUGCUACCAAAGGUUACUACCGCGACAGGGUUCACAAUCUGCAAAUGCACAGUGAGGGUGAGGAUGACAUCUUCAGGGACACUAAUAGACAAACUGCACGAAGCCUCUUCCGCCACCAGAAAAGGGAAAAACCUUACAAUGACACAUACCCGUUAAGUCCGCUGGAGAAGACAAGGCACGGCAUCCGCUACCGUAUUGGUGUAAUCGCAGAUCUGGACACAGCGUCGCGUAGCUCUAAGGAUCAGACAUGGUUCAGCUACAUGAAAAGAGGUUACCUGACUGUUUCACAUAGCGCUGACAGACUGGAGGUGGAGUGGGAUGCUGAGACAGUCACUCUGGAGAGUCAUCUGGCUGAGAAAGGACGAGGUAUGGAGCUGUCUGAGCUGGUGGCGUUCAACGGUCACUUGUACAGUGUGGACGACCGUACGGGUGUGGUGUACAGGAUCGAGGGCAACCAGGCUGUCCCCUGGGUUAUAUUACCUGACGGUGAUGGCUCAGUCUCCAAAGGAUUCAAGGCAGAGUGGCUGGCAGUGAAGGAUGAGCACCUGUAUGUUGGCGGCCUGGGGAAGGAGUGGACCACGACCUCUGGGGUAGUCGUCAACAACCACCCAGAGUGGGUGAAAGUUGUUGGCCACCACGGUGACGUGGCACAUGAGAACUGGGUGCCGUACUACAACGCCCUGCGGAGCGCAACAGGGAUCCAACCACCAGGCUACCUUAUCCAUGAAUCAGCAGCGUGGAGUGAGCGUCUCCAGCGCUGGUUCUUCCUUCCUCGCCGUGCCAGUCACGAACACUACGAAGAGAUUGCAGACGAGCGGCGUGCCACCAACCUCCUCCUGUCCUGCCCCGCAGAUUUCAGCUACAUAACAGUGCGCCACGUCGGACCACUCAACCCAACCCACGGCUUCUCCUCUUUUAAAUUUGUUCCCGACACAGACGAUCAGAUCAUUCUGGCCUUGAAGUCCGAGGAGGAUGCAGGCAGGAUUGCCACCUACAUCAUUGCAUUUACGCUAGACGGUCAGGUGCUGAUGCCCGAGACAAAGAUAGGGGAUGUGAAGUACGAAGGCCUGGAGUUUAUUUGACAAGGACUGAAGGCAAAAUCUGCAGGGGUUUAGAAGAUUAAGUAGGAACUGUAUACAUGCAACACUGAUGUUUUGAGUCCAGAGUAUUACAUUCCCCUCUCAGUUCUACUGUGCAAUAAUGUCGUAUGACCCAAAGUUGUAUAUUUCAUAACUAUAUUGUAUGAUAAUUGACAGGAGCAAGAGAAGGUAAAAGGGUAGGAGAAUGCCACACCACCAUCAGGGGGGGACAAUUAAGUGUCACCCUCGAUUGACCAAUUCAGUUUGUGUACCAGUGGUUUGGGCAGCCAAUCAGUGACCAGCUACACACACCCACCAGUCACAGAAAUUGUCACUAGUCAGUCACCACCCAAUAAGAAUUUUAACGUUUUAAAGUCUUAACUAUGUUAUAUCAGUACUGGUAGAUUGAUACUUUUAUCCAAGCCUUGAGGUAAACAUCAUGGUUUGAUUAGACACUACUCAUAUUACAGAGGAGUCUGGGUAAAAAACAUUGUAAAUCUGUAUCCGUGACUCUAUCAAAAACCCGUUAAUGUGGAUCUCCUCUCCUGUAGCCAAACUCUGCUGGUCAGACACUCAGGGGAACAAGGUCAAACAGGAUAAAACAUUUAAAAAAAAAAAGAAGAAAAAAAAAGAAAUGAAUGUCCUUAAAUUACUUGAAAUAUUUAACUUACUCAGUGCUUUGUGUUUUAUCUUACCUGUUUGGACACACUGAAGUCUCUUGAUGCAUAUCAACUUCUGCUUCAUAAACUACAUAAGUUUUUCUGAGCAGAUCCACCUCAAAUGUUGACUCACAUGUUAAUAAACUGAAUAUCAUUCACUUCUCAAGCCAGAGAACAAGUGAAAAACCAGCUAUUUUAUUUAAAGAUUAAUCAUUCUUAUAUUCCUUUUGUAUCCUCUCAAAACAAAUGCUUAAAAUAUAUACUCUUGUCUGAA